AUGGAACAUUUUGGGCCUGGAAUUGAGCUGCUCGAUGUGAACACUGAAGAUGAUGGCGUUGUCAACUUUACAUGUUUCACAGAGAAGCAGGUCAACCUCAACAACGAGGCUGUUUUGAAGAAGCCACUACACACAUCCAUCGCGGUGGAUGCAGAAGAAUUCGAUGAUCUUUCGGUGCCAGAGAAGCUUCACAUAAUUUGCUGCCUACUCGAGGCCAGGGCGGCCGAUGAAGGUAUCCUAUGA